AUGGCAUGUUCACAUCUCAUAGUGUCUGUUCAAAUAUUCACAUUCAGGUCGGGAAAUUCUAGAAGCGGAUUCACAACUAAUGGUGUGUUAAAAGUCCUGAUUGGAACAAAUUUGGCUGUGUUUCUGCUGUGGAGAGUUGCGGACACAGACUUCAUGAACAGGAACUUCACGAUACAACUGGACAACGUUAAAAGUGGAGCGUACCAUACUAUGAUAACUUCUGCUUUCAGUCAUGUUGAAGCUAAACAUUUUUUCUGGAACAUGCUUGGGCUUUAUAUGUUUGGAAAGAGUAUCGGUCAUUGUGUCGGGCCUAAAUUUCUGUUGAAGCUAUACCUAGUUGAGGGUUUCUCUGGUUCGGUCUCCUUCUUGAUGCACCGUGCUAUUCUGGCCACUUCAUAUGAAACACAGAUAGCUGCACUUGAUCUUUCGAAGGCUGCAGGACUGGAUACACAAAGAGUUGAACUUGAUCCAUCAAAGGCUGCAGGGCUGGAAACACAGACAGCUGAACUUGACCCUUUUAAGGCUGCAGGACUGGAUAUACAAAGAGUUGAACUUGAUCCCUCAAAGGCUGCUGGGCUGGAAGCACAUACAGAUGAACUUGACCCUUCGAAGGCUGUGUUGGACUUUGCUGCAGGACUGGACACACAAACGCUUGAACCUAACACUUCCAAGGCUGCAGGACUGGAUACACAAACGGUUGAACGUGACCCUUCAAAGGAUGCAGCGCUGGGAGCAAGCGGUGCAGUGACUGCUAUCGUAUUUCUUGAUUUACUUCUUUUCCCAAAACAGAUUCUACUGGUUGACUUCAUACCACUCCCUGCUAUAUUGGCGGCGAUAUAUAUAGUUUAUAAAGAUAUUGAAAGAGUAAAGAAAAACGAUCGAAAAGUUGCUGGAUUGGCUUAUCUGGGUGGCGCUGUUGUUGGAGCAAUAGCUUGGGGACUAUUAAGAAGACGAUUAUGAAACCUUUUCAUCUAUCUAAUAUCUAAUCUAGCUUUUAUCUGACUUAAGUAUAUAGUUUCUGUGGUAAC